CUCUGCUCUUUCACUUCUCAUCAGAUUGAUGGUUUGCAGGUGGACAGGAUGAUGUCUCAAAUCUGCUUGAUGGGGACGCUGUGCUCCCUGAUGCUCCUGCCAGGUUUGCUGGAAGCCACUUCUCUGAUGAAAAUCGUGAAACAGGAAGAACCAGUUGCAGCGAUCCCUAUUGACAUCGACUCGACCCAGGCCAACGGGUUCCUGUCUCACUCCCGACCCAAACGCAACGCGGACCCGCGGUGGUACCGCAACUCCCCCGACUUCCAGGCCUACUACCGCUACUACAACAGCAUCGGACACGUGGAGGGGCUAUAUGAGAUCGACCGCAUCAGGAUGUUGUACCAGCAGAUGCGCAGCUUGGAGCACACGUACGGCCCCAACGCCUCCCUCUUCCAGAACCGCCUGGGCCUACCGUCCGCCAAGUGCGACCCAUCCAAGGACAAGAAGUGCAAAGCCCUGCCCCCGCCUCCGCCCCCGCCCAGCACGGCUCCGCCCCCUCCCCCGCUCUCUCAGGCGGACGUGGUCUACCUGUGCAACGUCAAAGACCCGCUGUGCAAGCCCCACAUCGUCUACCUCCCCACUGGUUCCGUGCCGGUGCUGUGUGACCCCCGCUAUCACCCCGCCUGCAAACCCAAAAAAUCUGAGGCUCCUGCGGGGCCUGCCCCCCCUCGGCUCCCCCCUCCUCCUCCCAAAAAAUCAGCCCCUGCCCCGCCUCCUCCCCCGCCCCCUCCCAAAAAAUCAGCCCCUGCCCCGCCCCCUCCUAAAAUAUCAGCCCCUGCCCCGCCUCCUCCCCCGGCCCCCAUACACACCUACAAAGGAAUGGAGUACGACUGCGACCCGUACUGGGACCCCGACUGCCUGAUUGAUCACCCCCCUCGACCAAUCAAAGGGAAGUCUGCUCCCCCACCCCCACCGCCCCUGCCUGAGGCAGAGGAGGAGGAGGAGAAGGAAGAGGAAGUCGUGGAAGAACCAGCGCCUCCUCACAUCAAGAAAGGGAAAAAAUCGAGCCCUUACCCCUACUACCACCACGAGCUCUACGACCCUUACCGCUUCGCGUACCCAGCACCAGACAGCCAGUAAAAGAGCAGCAGCCUGUCACUCAGGAGCGGAAUAUUUAAGGCAAUCUGACAGGUUUUCCUUUUUUUUUUUUUUUUUUUAAGUUCCAAAUGCUAACAGAACUGGGGAGAAAAGCUUAACUGGCCAUGACCGCUGCUCUGUUCCACUACACAUGAAGCUAAUGGCCAGAGCUGAAGUCUGCAGCCAGUGAAAAGCUCCAAGACCUCCGACAUUUCAUUUUUCUUCUAACCCUUUGGUUUGUUUUAGACCAUCUCUCUGGAGAUAUCUGUUCUAUAAUUGAUAUAUUAAGCAGAAAUGCAGUAUUUAUGUUCAGGUCAAGUAACCGACAAAAAGACGAGUAUUUUUAUCCCAUGAGUAAUUAACUACAGCGUCAAACUACUAUAGUGUCAGUGGUUUUUUUUGUUGUUGUUGGAAUACCUUAAUCAAUAUACAGUGACAAUAACUGUUUUAAUGACAAGAGAAGUUAUGCAAGUCAUGAUGAUAGUGAAAAUGAUAAAUGAAAAAUAAAAGUUUUUUGUGUA